AAAAGGUGAAGGAGAUGCAUCAAAUCCCUCGAAUGAAACACUUUAUCUACGAGCGAAGUGGACAGGCCAGACGCAGUGUGAGCAUGCUAGACAUAGUAGUAACUCUCUAUCAUAUCGAAGGAAACCACAACCGCUGCGGCGUUUGUUGAGACAAGAAAUCAUUGGGGAGGUAAUAAUGAGCCAAGCUGGCGGCAAUGUGGUUUAGUGUGGAGAAAGUGUGGAGAACAAUAUCCUCAAGAUAAUCAAACGAAAUUUAAUUGGUACCUCCGUUGGGUCAUUAAGCGACCAAGUCAUGCUAGGAUUAAAGAAUUCAGGACAUCGCCAACCCUCUAUUGAGCUCCCGAUCCCAGGGCCCCCAAUCAGAUCCGUUGUACGAUGUAUUUUUCCCUUCGAAAGCCCGAAGUCCAUUUAUAGAAGUUUGCGCAUGACUGCUUGGACAACAAACAACAAGAUGCUGAGAGAUAACAGCACUUUGACUUUUAUGUCCACCAAAAACUUUUGCAUAGCUGUCUUUGGCAUUGUCCUUUUCAUAGGUUCUUGUGAAAGCAUAAAAAAAGAUCCUCCUAAACGAUGUGAUUUCAACGGUGUUCACUACAACUUAGGAGACACUUGGAAUCCUUUCCUGUUGCCAAGUGGUUACUUCCGGUGCAUAAAAUGUGCCUGCAAAUUGUCAGACGAUGGUUCGUUGGCGAUAAUAGACUGUUCGCAAUGUAGGACGCAAUCGAAUCCAGCCCUUCCUUCGACAAAGGAGCAACAGAGGAGUUGUACUUAUAAAAAUGUUUCAUGGAAUCACGGUGUGGUGUGGAAAGACGAUUCCAAGAUUCUACCGAAUGAUAAACAGUGUAAAGAGUGUAGCUGUACGGACGGAUAUGUCACCUGCGCCAUCAGAACUUGCCCAGUCCUUACCUGUCAGAAUCAAACAGCUGGACAAGGAUCUUGUUGUCCUGUUUGUGCAGACCACUUGCAGACUCUUCGGUCUCCCAUGGGGUGUGAUAUGAUGAAUAGAUAUUACAAUCACGAGGAAACCUGGCACCCAGAAUGGCCCCAGACAAAUGAUCGUCACCCCUGCAUCACAUGCAGUUGUCAGAACUCUUCAGUAAAUUGCAAUAAGACCGUCUGUCCUGCGUUAACCUGUAGAAAUCCUCAGCCGAAACCAGGGGAGUGUUGCUAUUCCUGUCCAGCUAACUCCUUUAAAGUGAAAAGGAAAAUAUCUUCCAAACCCUCAGGAAGUAUCGGAAGUCUGCUAAGACGGAGAGUGCACAAUCGCAAUUCGAUUAUCGUCGACUUCAAAAAUUGGUCCAGAAGAAGGAAAGGUAGAAAAGAGCCAGGAAUACCAAAGCCCCCUGCUGACUGUAAGUGGGGAGGAUUAACGAUUGCUCACAAUACUUCAUUUUUUCCACCAACUCUUGGUGCAUUUUCAAAUUGCAUCUCCUGCUUCUGCAAUAACUCUAAGUUAGUCGAUUGUAAGCGUGUUACAUGUCCGACUCUCAAUUGCAACGACACUUUUAAACCCCCUGGGAAGUGCUGCCUGGAAUGUAGAGUUACGACAGAAAAGAAAGACAACGUGCAUUCACAUGGAAAUGGACUUUGCAAUGUUGGAAAAUCCCGGCGCCUCUAUGAAUAUCAAUUCCCAACGCAAAGAAACUCUAACUACAAGGUACAAGUUGCUUUGGUGGAUAACGCCAAUAAUUUUGCGCAGAUUUACUUCACCUCUGCAAACAGGACAUGGAAGAAUCCGCCCACUGUCACAAACACAACCAAGAGUAACUUCGAUUCCAUCCUAAGACAGAGCAAUAGGUACAAGUACAUUGGCAAGAUAAAGGAGGGUAAGAAAGGGAUCAGGAUCAUGAGUCGACUUCAGCGUCCAUGUGGUAGCCAGGGAUGCAUCCAUACACUGCAAAAGAUAAUGGAGCGACUCCGUGAACGAACUAAAUGCUCCCCGAUGGUCAUGGCUACACCACCUCAAACGAAACACACUACCAUUGCUCCACCACCUCACAAAAUUCUCAAGCAGGAGACAGACCCCUAAAACUUCCUGAGAUUUUUUACGAGACGAAAAACAUUUAGUAUGUUUGAAGGAACGCCAGGACUGUUUCCGGCCCAAAUGGUUCUUGUCUUUUAGCUACGCCAUCAGUAGAUUUCUUUGAUGUAGAUGUCACGCACUUCGUCGGCGAAGUCGAGCGUGAGGAGAUGAACGGGUCAUAGUCAUUGCCAGGGGAUUUAUAGUUUGGAGACUCUACCUUAGACUUGAAUUGAAAGUAGUGAAUAAAAUUUUGAAUUGGGCUUGUUGAAUGAUUAGAUAGUAUCUGUCAGUGUCACCAACUACGGAGUCAUUUCUAUGUGCUACCACUGAGUUAAAAAUCAUAAGGAAAGCUCAUGCAUCUGUAGAAGA